UCAGUUUACAACAGUGUGCGUCCGUGCGCGUGGUGGGAACGGUAGCAAGAUGGCGGCGCUGAAGGAGGAGCAGUGCUACGGACUGUCCUGUGGAAGAGUGAGCAACGGCAGCAAUGUCUCCGUCUUUCACGUUAAACUCACUGACAGCUCACUGAGAGCGUUUGAAGGCUAUCGGAGCAGCAAGGUGCUGUCAUUACAACCGUUGAUCAGAUUUAAUGGAAAUCAAGGGAAAAUUUCAAUACCACGGUCAGAAAAUUCCAGUGAACUGCAAACGUUUACUUUCUACCUGUCAAAUGUGGGCAGAGAUAACCCCCAGGGCAGCUUUGACUGCAUCCAGCAGUACAUCACCAGUGAAGGGAGCAUUCAGUUGGAUUGUUUGGGUGGGAUCCAGGACAAGAUUACAGUAUGUGCUACAGACGACUCGUACCAGAAGGCCAGGGAAAGCAUGGCCCAGGUUGAGGAGGAGACGCGCAGUAGGAGUGCCAUUGUCAUCAAACCAGGGGGAAGAUAUGUAGGCAAAAAGGUUCAGAUACGGAAACCAGCACCUGGCCUCUCAGACAUCGCUCCAUUGCGGCGAACAUCUCGGCCCGUCAUCAUCUCUAGCAAUUCCCUAAAGAAAGGUGCGACUCAGAACCGGCCGCUGCGAGAGCGCCUCAUACACUUGCUGGCCCUUAAGCCGUACAAGAAGGCUGAGCUGAUCCUACGGUUGCAGAAAGACGGCCUCACACCAUUAGACAAAGACUCCCUGGACAGCCACCUGCAACAGGUGGCAAACCUCAGUGGGAGAGACGGCACCUUCACAUUGAAGGAUUUUUUAUACAAGGAAAUUCAGAAGGAAUGGCCUGGCUACACAGAAGGAGACCAGCAGCUUCUCAAGAGAAUCUUGUUUAGGAAGCAAUGCCAGACCCAGAACAGCUCUGCGCCUCCACCAGAGAGCCCCCCCAAAGAGCUGCCCAGCAGCUCACCCUCUCAGAAACGACCUGCUGCUGACUUCAUUGACCCUCUUGUCAACAAAAAGCCCAGAAUAUCACACCUCGCCAGCAAGGCUGCAACAGCCCCAGUUAAUGGCAAGUUCAGCUCCUCCGACGGGAAAGCAGAGGCAGGAGGAGCACAUGCAGAGGUGGUUUCGAUGUCAGACAGCAGCGUGACUUCCAGCUCCCAGCAGCUAUCUGUGCUGGACAUCCCUCGUCCUUUUGAAGCACUGUCAGAUGUCAGCAAUGACUCCAGCCACAAUGGGAGAGACUGUGACUCUCAGGAAACAGCAGUAUCUGACAGGCUCAGCCAACCCCCUUCACUCUUUUCUGUGUCAGCGGUGCUCACUGCACCCAGCAUCAGCACAUCAUCUCCUGGACACUCGCUCCUGGACGGUCCCCGGGAUAAGGGUCUUUCGUCCUCAAACAGCAAAUCCAAGAAGAAGUCGAAAAAGCAUAAAGAGAAGGAAAAGAGCAAAGGCAAGGAGAGGGUAAAAGAAAAGGAGCAAGAGAAGGGGAAGGAGAAGAGUCAUGCGGAAUGUUUGCCUGAGCCUAAUAAAGCCUGUGAGAUAAGCCCUGGAAACCUCAAAAGCAACAGUAUUCCACAGAAAAGCACAGAUCUGAAUGGAAUGUGCAACAAUAUCAGUAUCUCUUCAUCAUCACCUGAGGUGGCAGACUACUCAUUGAAUUACACAGUAAUUGGCUCUCCAGAGCAGCGCCAGAGGUAUAAAAACGAUUUCAACGCCGAGUACAGUGAGUACCGGGGUCUGCAUGCUCGGAUAGAGGGCAUCACUCGGCAGUUCACUGUGCUGGACAAUGAGCUCAAACAACUACAACACGGCACAGACAAGUAUAAGACAAUCCACAAUCAGAUUCUCCAAGAGUAUCAUAAAAUAAAAAAGACUAAUCCAAACUAUAGCCAAGAGAAGAACCGCUGUGAAUAUCUACACAACAAACUGGCACAUAUAAAGAGACUUAUCGCUGAGUACGAUCAACAGCAACUCGAAAAGUAGUCGUUGGACAUUGUUUCCCUGUUAUCUCUGGAAACCAUGCAGAUAAAGGAAAACUCUGGAUUCCACUUGUGCUAAAGAAAUGUUCUCAUGAAAGAUGCCAUGAAAGGAGCGUUUCCCUCAUUGCAACCAAAGGCUUCAGUGAGGACUGAGCAGGACACAUGAUCUGUUUCUCGUUCCUUUUAUUUGUUUCUCCUCCUCCUUUUGGAAACAUGGGACUGGACCCAGCGUGGCCAGGUCCAUAAGUGUAGUUGCAAUGCAUUCAGAAAGAAAGGUUUUGUGGUUUUGUGGCUUUGUCUUUCUCAACAGCCCAUCCUGCUUUAAGUGCACGGUGGUUUGAAAGAGUCAGUAUCUUGGAAAUAAACCGUUCCUACUUUUGAAACUGGAAGGAAGGGGACACUGAGAUGAAUACUGCUGAUUUUAAGCCAAGAGCAACUCAUUUUGUUUUUGUGAAAAGAAAAAUUAAGUUAUCAUGCAUCUGUUUUCCCCCAUAUACUGAAACUAAUAUUGUGAUGUUCUGUUUAGUUUUCUGUCUUCCUUUCUUUUUAUUUAUUUUGACACUUAACUGUGGGGAAUGAAUCCUGUUUUACACUCCUCAAUACCAGUACCUAAAAGCUGUCUCUUAUCUUUGAGUCUUGAUUGUCGGACAGUAUUUUAUUCAGAAGCUGCCUUGCCCAUGUAGUCGUCAGAUCCGUUGGCAUUCAUAAUUAUGUCUCUUUUAAAGAGAUGCAGAUAUCACUCUUGGUGAAAUCAUAACCAAUGCCUCUUAAUGCACAUGGUCAGUUGCACAUUUGUGCACCUGGCUAUUCUUUUCUAAAACCAUGUGCAGAUGUCUUAAUAAUGGGGACGUGUUUUCAUUCACGAUAAGCUGCGUUCGUUCUGCACUUACAGCAGUUUUCAUCAUAGCUUAUCUCGAUUAAGAUCUUAAUUGGUUGUCAAUUUCACGAUCAUUUGUGAUGCUUUUUGUAGCAAAAGAGUAAUUCAAAGAUAUCUAGAGAGAUAAUUGACCGCUCUACACUUCAUCACCAACUAUGGGAGAUCCUCUAAUUGUAAGAUGAUGCAGAUGGGAGAUUCAGAUCUGUGUUGUUGUUUUUUUCUUUCAUCUUCUAAGUGUUUAAAAAAAAAAGUCUAGGUUCAUCCACAGAUCUGAUAUCUCUUUUGUUAUUAUUGUUAUUAUUAUUAUUAUUAUUGCUAGUUUUAGUUAUGUUUAAAACAACAGUGUUUUGGGUUUUUUUGUCUGCUCAUCGCCCCUUAUGGUAGAACAUUCAAGACGACUGUUAAGAUGAAGCCAUGGUUGAUCGUUCUCUGAGUGGAGAGCAGUGGACCCUCAGCUCAGAAGACUUGUGACCACUUUUUGCCUUUUCAAAUGUGAUGUCAGAUAUUAAGCGGAGGGAGAUGCGGAAACGGCAUCACCCCGAAGUGUCGCGUCAUGACGGAUUUAAUCGACGUAGCCGCAGACAAAUUAGAAAUGCUGUACCAGAAGUUGAGCGCAGUCACCUUAAGUAUUUCUUAUAUCGAUCUUUUUAUGUGAACAUGAAAAAUCAGCACUUUUUUGUCUAAAUGACACUUUUCUCUUUGUCCAUCAGAGUGCAUGCUUUAUGAAUGUGUUACAAUGAACAGUCUUUGUGUCUUUACUUGAAAACAAAUACAAGAGAAACUGCCCAAGGAGAUCACAGUCCAAGCAAAGUUAACAUGUAAUCAUUUGACAUGGAUCUGACCUGCAGAUUUACCAAAGUGUUGACCAAGACGAAGAUGAAAUGUGACGCUCAACCAAAUUCUCUAGUUUGUGUUCUCACUUCUUUUGUCUGUUUUCUUGUAAGAAGUUUACUUCAGACAGGAUUUGCAUGACUGGGCUCAAGUGUUGUUCACAUUAUGUCAGGCUUUAAAGUGAUAUCACUGUCCCAUUUCAAACACUACAUGCAGGCCAGUGCUCUGAGGCUCGGCACACGCCGACUACGUUGUUCGAGACCAAGACUGGAUCUGGGACUUGAUGAAAUGACACUCGCCCAGUACUGCAACCUUGAUUCUCACUGUCAUUAUUUACUGUAAACACUCAGACAUAAUUACUGCAUUACACCCCUUUUAUGGUCACAAUCCAUGGUGAGUGAGUUCAUUAGUAAACACAUUUUUGCUGUGAUGGAGAACAAACUGUUGGAAAGUCAUGAAAUGCCAGCACAGGAGUACAGUUGUAUGAAUUGUGCCAAAAUGAUGUGUUGUAUAGGUUUUUUUUUGUUUUUUUUUUUCCUUUUCUUUUCUCUGAGUAUAUACAUGCUGCUGUAUUAGCAAAGAGGGCGUUGGAGAAGAGUCAUGAAAUGUUGAUGCUAAUACCCAAAGCAUGCUUUUUGAAAACCAUAAGGGAACGGGACUGAAAUUGUUUCAAUAAAAUUCUUUAAAAUCCUUA